CAUACCGUAAUAAGUUGACUUAAUAGCUCAUGUUAAACGGACGAGCUUUAUUGUGGUGGCGCUCCGAACAAAUUAGCCUUAAUUUACUUUGGCUGGAAGAAACAGAAUGGUUGGCAAUUUGUUGACAUCAUAUCCCAAGUUGAGUCAAGAGAUCCAAAACAAAACCCCCCCUAACUUAAUUCCAAUCCUACUUCUCUACUCCCAGAUGUGAUUUUUACCAAAACCUGAGAGAAGGGUAUAAACUUUCUUUUUCCAUUUCCAAUUUGAAGCUCAACAAGUGGGUUACUGUUCAAUUUAUCAACAACCCAAUGUCUCGUCUAUCGAACUUGUAUCUUCUAACUUACAAUUCCCUCCAGGGUUUUGGCUGGAUGGUUUCUCUUUACAGACUUUUGGGAGAUUUUGUAGCCACUAAAUCUACUAGUGGUGCUUACUCGUCUACGGGAGAACUUGUCUGUUUCCUGCAAACUUCUGCAUUCUUGGAAGUCAUUCAUGGAGCUGUUGGCCUGGUACCAACUGGAGUGCUGCUUCCUCUAAUGCAGUGGGGUGGGAGGGUUCAUUUUGUGGUUGCAGUUGUUCGUCAACUUGAUGAGAUUCAACAGUUGCCUUCUGUGUUCAUCACUUUCCUUGCUUGGAGCUUAUCUGAGGUUAUCAGAUAUUUUCACCAUGCUUUGAACUGCUUGGGAGUUUGCCCAUUUUGGCUUACAUAUCUUAGGUACACUGCAUUCAUAGUCCUCUAUCCUAUUGGAGUGACAAUUGGUGAAAUGUGGCUCAUUUACCAAGCAAUUCCAUUCAUGAUAAAGAAGAACCUCUAUGCAGAUGUCUUUGAUUACCUCCCCUUGAGCUAUUACAAUUUCAUCAGGGUUCUGCUUCUUGUCUACCCAUUAUUGUUCUUGAAACUGUACCUUUAUCUGUUCAAGCAAAGGAGAUCAAAAUUGGGCAAGCAGCAUAAGAAGAAGAGAAACUAAAAGUUUAGGCUAAUCUGUGACCAGAAUUAUGGUGAGGAAAAGCAGAAGAAUAUAAAUUAUUUUUAAGUACUGGUGACAUUGAAUUAUGUUUCUAUUUGUUUAAUUUUCUUUUUCCACGUUUAGUGGACCUUCGCUUCUAGAUGUACAAGUAACCCACCACCAUCAAAAACAUUUCUAAUUAACAAUUGCAUGUGUGUGGUAGCUGACGCAAAAGCUGAUGAAUUGAAAUCUGAUUGCUUAUUAUAUAAGAUAUUGUCUCGACAA